AUGUCAGGAAAAUCUAACAAAGCCUUUACAAAAGAAGAAGAGCUUUUGUUGCAAGACUUUAGCAGAAAUGUCUCAACAAAGUCAUCAGCCUUAUUUUAUGGGAACGCUUUCAUUGUAUCUGCUAUUCCGAUUUGGUUGUUCUGGAGAGUGCACUCUUUAGAGGUAAACACAUCCCUAGCAUGGUUCGUGUUUGUAACAGCAAUCAGUACGUGGUUGUUGGCCCUGGCCUAUCGCAAUACAAAGUUCCAGCUGAAGCACCGUGUCGCUGUCCGUAGAGAAGACGCUGUGGCCCGCGAAAUGUCUCGAAAGUUAGCAGAUGACAAAAAGAUGAGCAGAAAGGAAAAGGAUGAGAGGAUCUUAUGGAAAAAAAAUGAAGUAGCUGACUAUGAAGCAACAACUUUCUCCAUCUUCUACAAUAAUGCCUUGUUCCUGACAAUAGUUAUCUUGAGCAGUUUUUACUUACUGCGUUCAUUCACACCUACAGUUAACUACAUAGUGUCGCUGACUGCUGCCUCAGGCCUCCUCGCCCUCUUGUCUACAGGAACAAAGUAA